AUGUCCAGCAACGACUACUACAACAACAACAACAACUCCGAUCGGGGUUUUAACGACAACAACUACAACCAGGGCGGCUACAACCAGCAGGGAGGUGGCUACGGCAACGAGCUGCCCCCUAACCACGACGGUGAGCGAGGUCUCGGUACCUCCAUUCUGGGAGCCGCUGCCGGAGGCUUUGCCGGCCACGAGAUUGGCAAGAACGGCAACCACAGCAAGCUCGAGACCAUUGGUGGAGCCAUCAUUGGAGCCAUCGGAGCCAACUGGGCCAAGGACAAGUACGAGGACCGAAAGGACGAGAAGCGAUGGGAGCAGCAGCAGCAGGGCUACGGCGGCCCUCCCCAGGGAGGCCACCACCACCACCACAACGGCGGCGGUUUCUUCUCUCGAGAGGCCGGCAACGAUGACAACAACAACAACUUUGGUGGCAACGACCGACGAGACAACUACGGCGGCAACAACGACAACUUUGGAGGCAACCAGGGUGGCUUCGGCGGUAACCAGGGCGGCUACGGCGGUAACCAGGGCGGUUACGGCGGCAACCAGGGAGGCAACUACGGCGGCAACCAGGGCGGUUACGGCGGCGGUAACGACAACCGAUGGUAG